AUGGCCAUGAUACAAACCAACAUUGAUAUCGAUCAAUCAGCUCUCUUAGCCUUGAAAACCCACAUUACCUUUGAUCCUCACCAAAUCAUGUCUAAAAAUUGGUCUUCUAAUGCUCCAUCCUCCUCCGUUUGUGAUUGGAUUGGAGUUCAGUGCGGCUCCCGCCAUCGUAGAGUCACUGCUUUAAAUGUUUCUGGCAUGGAUCUUACGGGCACCAUUCCUCCGCAUUUGGGUAAUCUCUCUUUUCUUGUUUCUCUCGAUAUGAGAAGCAAUUACUUUCAUGGAACUCUGCCCGGAGAACUGUCGCGUUUACACAGAAUAAGGUCCAUCAGGUUGAGCCACAACAACUUUAGUGGUUCGGUUACAACUUUGUUUGGAACUAAACUUCAGUACUUGGAUUUAAGUCAUAAUGAUUUUGGUGGAAUUAUUCCUUCUUCUAUCUCUAACUUGUCUAAUUUAGAAGUUCUUUCUCUUCAACUCAAUUCUCUCACCGGAAAUAUUCCCGAAGAGAUUGGAAAUAUUCAAACCUUGACUGUUUUGGAUCUCCAAGGGAAUUACCAUGUUGGUUCAAUUCCUUAUUCCAUCUUCAACAUCUCCACGUUGGAGGUGCUUGCAUUGAGCCAAAACAACUUGACAGGAAAUCUUCCAGUUGAUAUUUGUCGCAACCUUCCAAAUCUCAACGGGAUUUAUUUAGCUUACAAUCAGAUAAAUGGCCCAAUCCCUCCAAGUUUAUCUCAUUGUUCGCAACUUCAGAUAUUGGGAUUGGCAUACAACAAUUUCAGUGGAACCAUACCGAAAGAACUUGGCAACUUGGAGAUGCUCCAAUACAUGCACCUUGGAAACAACAAUUUACAAGGUGUGAUUCCUCGAGAGAUCGGAAAUCUUUAUAACCUCAACCAGAUUCAUUUAACAAAUAACAGAAUUUCAGGCUCCAUUCCAAAGGAAUUAGGGAAUUUGACGGAGCUCACUUGGCUUGGAUUGGCCCAGAACUUCUUUAUUACAGGUGUUAUACCUGAAGAAAUAUGCAACCUUCACAAAUUGGAGUACUUCUAUGUUGGCGUCAAUGAUUUAAGUGGUGCCAUACCAAUUGGGAUAUUCAAUCUCUCAACAUUGAAAGCGAUUUCACUUGGAGCAAAUCACCUCACAGGUUAUCUUCCAUCAACUAUUGGUCAUCAAAUGCCUAACCUAGAAUCACUUAUACUUGAUACAAAUAAUGUUAUUGGAGUCAUACCAAUUUCAAUCGGUAAUUGCUCUAGGCUGACCAUAUUGUCACUUGAUGGUAACCAAUUCACUGGCUCCAUUCCCAAUUCCCUUGGAAACCUUGAACUUCUAGAGCGCCUCUCUCUUGGAGCUAACCACUUGAGCAGUAACACAAGAUCAUUGGAAUUAGAUUUCAUUACCUCCUUAACAAAGUGCAAGUAUUUGAAACUAUUGGAUUUGGGAGAGAAUGACCUGAAUGGGAUUCUCCCGAAUUCCAUUGGAAAUCUCUCCACUUACCUUUAUGAGUUCGGAGCAUCAAUGAGCAAUAUUAAGGGCCCAAUCCCAAAUGCAAUUGGCAACCUUAGUAGUCUGAUUUUGAUUUUUUUAGAUGACAACCAGUUGACUGGACCUAUUCCUAGUACAAUAAAUAAAUUAAAUAACCUUCAAGCUUUGUCUCUUAUGCAAAACAAACUAGGGGGGACUCUCUAUGAAGUAUGCAACUUGUACACAUUAUCUGACUUGUAUCUUAGUCAAAACCAAGUUUCGGGACCAAUUCCAGAUUGUUUCUAUAAUAUGACUUCGUUGAGGAAUCUUUAUCUGGAUAACAACUUAUUGUCCUCGAGUAUUCCGAAUAGCAUUUGGACGCUCAAAGAUCUCAUGGUUCUCGACCUUAACUCCAAUUCCUUCAAUGGAUCACUGCCUGAGGAGAUUGGAAACUUGAAGGCUAUAAUAUCAAUAGACUUGUCAAUGAACCAGAUACAUGGGUCCAUUCCUGGCUCACUAGGUAAUUUACAGAACCUACAAGAUCUUUCACUAGAGAGCAACCAACUCGAAGGAUUCAUACCAGAUUCCUUGGGGAACAUGUUGAGUUUAACAUUCUUGAAUUUGUCACAUAAUAACUUCAUUGGCACAAUCCCCAAGUCAUUAGAGGCGCUGCGAUCACUACAGGCCUUUGAUGUUUCUUCUAAUCAUUUAACCGGUGAAAUUCCUUCGGGAGGUCCUUUUAGAAACUUCACUAGUGAAUCUUUUGUUAAAAAUGAUGCACUAUGUGGAGAUCCGAAAUUUCAGGUCCCCCCAUGCAGAAUCAACAAAAACCAUAGAUUACAUGUGAAAAAGUUGCUUUCGCUCACAUUGAUCCCUCUAGUGAUAGUUGGUUUGGCUAUCCUUGCUUUGGCAUACAUCAUUUUGACAUGUCAAAGAAAGAGCAAGGUUCCAGGUGAUAUAAAUUUUCCCGUUGUGCCCGAAAAUGAAAGAAUUUCUUAUUAUGAACUUCUACAAGCGACAGACGGGUAUAACGAGAGCAACCUUCUUGGCUCGGGGAGUUUUAGAUCAGUUUACAAAGGGAUUCUGAGAGAUGGAAAACUUGUGGCUGUCAAAGUAUUUAAUUUACAGCUCGAACAUUCUUUAAAAAGUUUUGAUGUAGAAUGCCAAGUGUUUUGCAAUCUUCGCCAUCGAAACUUGGUAAAAGUCAUCACAUGCUGCUCCAAUAAUGAUUUUAAGGCUUUGGUGCUUGAAUAUUUGCCCAACGGAAGCCUUGAAACAUGGUUGCACUCUGCUAAUCUAUUCUUGAAUAUGUUGCAAAGAUUGAACAUAAUGAUCGAUGUGGCUGCUGCUUUGCAUUAUCUUCACCAAGAAUAUCUAACUCCAGUCAUCCAUUGUGAUUUGAAACCAAGUAAUAUACUUAUCGAUGAGAAAUUGGUUGGCUAUGUCAGUGAUUUUGGAAUCGCUAAGUUUCUAGGGAAUGAUGAAAGCAUUGCAUUUACCAAAACCUUUGCGACGAUUGGUUAUAUUGCUCCUGAAUUUGGAAGGGAAGGAUUGGUAUCAAAAGCAUGUGAUGUCUUUAGCUAUGGAAUUCUCUUGAUGGAGGUGUUUACGGGAAGAAGGCCUAAUGAUGAAACUUUUGGAGAAAAUCUAAGCCUGAAGAGUUGGAUUAGUGAUUGCAUGCCUCAUUCUAUUGCUGGAAUUAUAGAUCCAAGAUUAUUUGAGGAGCAAGAUGAAAGUUGCCGUUCGAACGAUUUAACGUUGAGGUGUGUAUCAGCGAUCAUGGAAUUGGCCUUAAAUUGUGUUCUUGAAUCCCCAAAGGAGAGGAUUUCAGUGAGUGAAAUAUUGGAGUGUCUCAAGAAGAUCAAAGACAGAUAUGUUGCAAAUUAUGGAACUUUUCUUUCCGGGGAGGAAUAA